AUGAUUCCUCUCGUACCUGCUCUCGCCCUCGCCUUUGUUUCUUUCAUCUCCUCCGUUUUUGUCGUUCUCCGUAUCAUAGUUCCUAUUUUACCCCCUCAUCCUCUCAGCCGUCGGGUUCGUCCUGUGAGUACAUCAUUCCUAUUUUUCCCUGUCAAAGUGGAGCUAACUGGCCGUGUGCAGUCUGAAUUUGGCCUUCCUAACUUCCGCUCUCUUUCUCCAGCAGAAAAGAGUCACGUCUGGCUCGCAUCUUGUGAUGUUUUGGCACUCGCACUUUUUAUCUGGCAAGUUGUAUCGGAAUACCUUAGCAACUCGGUCGAUUACGAUGCUACCCGGGAUCCUAGCAGUGCCGUUAGACUUUGGCUAGCUCUGACACUCAGACAAACGUGUCUCUUUAUUGUCGCUACCAUAACAUUAGUGCACGUUCGUAUGGGUCGCACCGUGGCCCUCGGAAAGACCCACUGGAUGCUUUGGGCACCCACUCUUCUCCUGGUCGUAACAUCCACUGCUCUCGCCGGCGUUCUCUCCGCGACAGGCCUCCCCAGCUUCUUCAUGGGUCUUUUUGCCUAUACAACGAUUCUCGCUAUUGGGAGCAGUAUGGCAUUCGUCGGGCUCAUCAUUACCUUGGUUAUCAUCAAGCGGAACCUAGCUGCUCUUGAUGAAGCACAAGAUUCUUGGCCUCCCGCUAAGGAGAUCGGGGAGAAACCCAGGCCCUCUUUUGCAACCGAAGACAUAGAUGUCCUCAAAGAUGGCAGUUCCUGGAUCACGUCCCAUGCCAGCUCCCGUCGCACAUCUAUCUCAGCAUUCUCGUUCUCAACGCACCAUUCCGCCAAACCAUCCAAUGGCAGUGUUCGCAUGGCCCAGAACCCGGCUAUGGCCUCUCAGCCUUCUAUCCCGCACAAGUCGUCCUUCUGGUUCAAUCCAGCGAUGUCUUGCACUGGUCACGAGUCCCCUAUCCCCCCUGUUCCUCCUUUACCCUCGCCUUACCGUUCUUCAUCGCCAACGUCGGACAAGUUGCAUGACGAUCCGGACCCGUUCAGACGAGAACCGCGCGAUCGCAUGGGCUCGCAGUCGUCAUGGCUCACAGAACCGUCUACGUACCAGCCGACGCUGAGUGCUUGGUCCUUCCCCAGGACCUGUCCCGGCUCGCCGCCUCCCUCUGCUACUACUCCGGAUCUUCUACUUCCCUCUACUACGGCUGCGCAGUCCGUUCCCGCAAUGGCAAGCGCACAAGUUCUGGGUGGGUAUGGUUAUGACGCAGAGGGUAACCCUGGUAGUUUGGCUUCUAAACAUUCUAGCGAUCUCGACGUAUCAAUCUUCCGCACGAUUGGAUGGCUUAUCACCAUUUGGGUACCACUGGUCUUGUCGCUCCCAUAUGUAUUCAUGGUUACUUUGCAUGCGCCUCUGGCUUCCUCUGCAGCUUCCAUCACGUUGAUUGUUUCAAUGACAUUGUCCUCCCCUCUUCUUGCUCUGCAUGUCAUACUGCGUUCACCGUUCCCCAUCCCGACCCAACUCUUUGAGUCUUACCACGAGCCUCCCUCUGCUGUGAUGCGGGCGCCUUCUCCGAUGAGCGCUGCACCGUCGUUCAAGUUCUCACACGAGUAUAAGCGUAGCGGCAGCAUCACUGUAGUGGAGGGUCGGCGCAGCGGAGACGUGUGGGUAUCCAACGGUGAUGCUAUUGAUGGCAGGAGCAAGAUUAGUCGUGCUCUGGGACUUCUUCAGCCUGUUCCGAGGCUCGCUGUUUUGCCUGUAGAGGAUAUCCAAGAGGCGCCGCUGACGCCGCCCCUUCCUAUGCAGUCAAUGCCUAACACCCCUGUACGGGUGCCUGAUACACCUCAGUCCGAGAACAGUGCGGAGCUCGGGAAGCAUGGGCGUCCCCGCAAAGAGUCAAAGGCAUCAUCCUAUUAUUCCGGUGGAUCGGAGGCGCUUGCAUCGCAAAUCAUGAUUGCUCAAAAACACUAUUCUACUCUAGCAAUGACGCUGGUAGUUCCUCCAUCUCCCGAGCAUAGGGCCUCACUGGAUGCUAUCGCGGCUGACGCCGGUGCGAUUGACGUGGCUGCUACGGGUGUGGAUUCUGCACCGAAUGAGACGACCCGUCCUUCGCAGCAUCUACGCUCGCGUUCCAUAUCUUCGAUUCAGUCUCGCAGUGAUCCUCGCUUCCCAAUGAGCCCACCACCUUUGUCGCCUCUCCCUCCCACACCCCCGUCUGUGAAGGAGCUUCGAGAACGACAGGCUCGUAUGAUCGUCCAUCGCAAGUCGCAAUCACAUUCGUCCUCCUUGCUCGAUUACUCGUUCCGGCCUGUGGACGAUGACAACAUUGCAGAGAUUGAUGCGUUGUCUGCCGGUGUACUGCCUAUACUGGUUCCCGGCUUGACUGUCGGCUCUGACAUGAGGGUUCGCGAGUGGAACUGGGAAUCCCCGGUCUCCAUUGGAAGCCGGAAUAGUAAGAUGGGAUUGUCUUCACUUUGGACGAGGAACUCUAGAAUUGUGCCUGCUGAGCUGGGCGGUUUGUCAUCUGAGUUCUCUUCGCCCGAGAUGCACUCGACUCCACCACUCCGCAAGGUGGCAAAGCCACGAGAGAGGAAGACUUCGGCCCACAAGCGACACCACUUCAGUCUUCCCAGCUUAAGUCUUGGUAAGGAAGGCAUACAUGCACUUUCGACAUGGCGCAACGAUAUCACUCGUGCUGUGGAUGCAAGGCUUGGCCCAUACAGUGCUGCAACUACAAGUGAAGUUGGCAGAAGAAACACAGUCUAUGGUGGUGAGCUGGUGGCCAACAUUGGUACACACCUCAAUGUGGUCAGUGAAGAAGAAGAGCUCUUGCGCCCCAUCUCGCCACCUGUGGCUUGCGCAUCUUCGCCACGCCCGGCUUCAACGAGUACCUUUGGUCCCACAUUGUUGGCUGCGGUCGAUGCUGCUGAUGGCAUGAGCACUGCCCGGAAUUCGCUUGCGACUCUGAUCACAGCGCUGGAUCAGGAACUGCGGAUGCCUCCGCAAUUUGCUGCAUCAGAGGUCACUCUCUUCGACUUCGAGGAUACCCAGGGACCACAAGCCGAGAGCACACCUCAUGAAUCCAAACAGCGAUCCCGACCGACGUCGCAAAAUGUACCAUCUGUCCCUCAGCUCCCCUUAGGAUCAAAGCGUGGCAGUCGUUCAAGCAUCACAUACAUCAAAUCGGACGAGAAUACUCCCCCGGUAUCAAAGCCUGCUACUAUUUCGCCUAAGGCCAUCUCGGAGUGGUCUUCUCGCGCUGUGCGCCCGUUGGCACCUAAGAUCAGAGCCAAAGCAGACAAGGCGAAAGCUGCGAAGCAAGCGUCCGCAUCGCCGCGCGACUCUUCCAACAGUGGUCUGCGACCACUGUCCCUUCUGCAGGACCGCGACGCAAAUACGGACGGUGUUUCUGAAACACGCGGGCUGAGUCUGAAAAAGAAGCAGAAGAACAUGAAUGACGAGAAUGCAAAUCCUACUGUACAAUCGAAAGCCAAGGGCUUGCGGCCGCUGAAGCUCGCACGCAACGACACGACGAAGGAGCGCGCGGUUCUACGGAAGAUAGAGACUCUCCCUGACGUCGUCGUUCGACCACCUUCGGAAAGCCAUCGUAACGAUCUGGGACUUUCGUUCCGCUCAUAG